CAGGCACUGCGCUGGUCCAGCAGUGUGCGUCUGUUGAUGCGCCGUAGUCAGAUACUACUCUUUAACUUUAUAGGGACGCUUCGCGUUGACUUUUACGGAAAUACGCUAUUUAUUAGCGCGGCUCGUGCGAACGCCCCACCGUCUAUAGUAUUUUCCCCCACUUUUGCCAAGCCCCCUUAUACAGUAUGAAGUGCAGUUAUGGCAAGGAGUAGCAAGUCAGUAGCGAGGACCCUGGAGGAUUUGACGCUAGACUCAGGUUAUGGUGGAGCCGCCGACUCCUUCAGAUCUUCCAGUGCGUCGCUGUGCUGCUCAGAUGCACAUGGAGCGAAUUACUGGCAACUAACCGACUCGAUGCACAGUCGACACAACAGCCUGGACACUGUUAACACGGUCCUGGUCGAAGACGCCGAGAUCCUGGAGUGCACCGUGCAGUGCGCCAAACUACCCGAGCUAGAGGACGUGCCGUGGAGCCUCGGGGAAGUGGCGAGCGCCUUGAGCAGGGACGAGGGGAUGCGCGUGCCGACGCCUCCGCAGGACGUCCUGCUCCGGCUCUCCGCGCUGGUCAGCCGGGCCCUGGUCCGCGUCGCCAAGGAGGCGCAGCGCCUGAGUUUGCGCUACGCCAAGUGCACCAAAUAUGAGAUCCAAAGUGCCAUAAAGAUCGUCCUGUCGUGGACCGUGUCCGUGAACUGCAUCAGCGCGGCCCUCGGCGCCUUGUCCCUGUACAACAUGAGCACGGAGGCGGACAAGUACAGCCGCGGCAAGUCGGUGCGCUGCGGGCUCACCUUCAACGUGGGCAAGUUCUUCAGGUGGAUGGUGGACAGCAGGGUGGCGGCGCGCGUCCACGAGCACGCGGCGAUCUACCUGGCCGCGUGCAUGGAGAGCGCCUUCCGCGAGGUGUACGCGCGGGUGCUGCGCAGUGCGCUGCUCGAGCGCGAUAACGGGAUCCCCAAAUUCACGGUGGAGACCCUGGAGCAGGCGAUCAGCGGCGACGCGGAGCUGUGGGGGUCCCUGCAGCCCUGGCAGCACCUGAUCUGUGGCAAAAAUGCAGGCGGUGUGCUCAGCCUACCUGAAGGUCUGACUCCUCACAGGGAUCAGCAGCAGCGGGCGGGGAAGAGCGGAGACGGGAACGCCUACAGUCAGUCUGAGCUCCGCUCCAUCGAACAAUGUUUACUGGCCACGAGAGUGGGCAGCGUCUCUGAGCUCAGCGACCUGGUGGCCCGGGCCAUGCACCACCUGCAGCCGAUGUACGUGAAGAACCACAACAACGGGACGCCCGUCCACCACAAGAGCAGCGCGAUCCAGUGGUCGCCCGAGGCCAUCUACACGCUGUGCUACUUCAUGCACUGCCCUCAGAUGGAGUGGGAGAACCCCAACGUGGAGCCCUCCAAGGUCACCCUGCACACCGAGAGGCCGUUCAUGGUGCUGCCGCCUCUCAUGGAGUGGGUGCGCGUGGCCGUGGUUCACACGGAGCACCGGCGCAGCUUCUCCGUGGACAGCGACGACGUCCGGCAGGCCGCCCGGCUGCUGCUGCCCGGGGUGGACUGCGAGCCGCGCCAGCUCCGAGCCGACGACUGCUUCUGUGGCUCCAGGAAGCUGGACGCCGCCUCUACUGAGGCCAAGUUCCUGCAGGACCUGGGCUUUCGCAUGCUCAGCUGCGGACGAACGGACCUGGUGAAACAGGCCGUCAGCCUGCUCGGCCCGGACGGCAUCAACAGCACGAGCGAGCAGGGGAUGACCCCGCUCAUGUACGCGUGUGUCCGUGGAGACGAGGCCAUGGUGCAGAUGCUGCUGGAUGCGGGAGCUGAAAUCAACAGUGAGGUGCCAAACUCAGUGCACAAGCACCCCUCAGUCUUUCCCGAAACGCGGCAGGCGACGCCCCUCACGUUCGCCGUGUUACAUGGACAUGUGCCUGUGGUGCAGCUGCUGCUGGAUGCCAAAGCCAACGUGGAGGGCUCCCUGCAGGAAGGGAUGGAGAACUACACGGAGACCCCGCUGCAGCUGGCUGCUGCUGCAGGUAACUUUGAGCUGGUGAGCGUGCUGCUGGAGAGGGGGGCAGACCCCAUGGUGGGAACCAUGUACCGGAACGGCAUCUCCACUGCACCGCAGGGAGACAUGAACUCCUACAGCCUGGCAGCGGCUCACGGGCACAGAAAUGUAUUCCGGAAGCUGUUGUCGCACACAGAGAAGGGGAAGGGGGACGUCCUGUCGCUGGAGGAGAUUCUGGCGGAGGGUUCGGAGCUGGAAGGCCGAAGUCCGUCUCAGCUGGACCUGAUACGAACGGGGAAGGCCAAACUCAAGGCCCUGAAGGAGGCCAUGUACCACAGCUCGGAGCACGGCCACGUGGACAUCACCAUCGACAUCCGGAGCCUCGGCGUCCCGUGGUCUCUGCACACGUGGCUGGAGUCGCUGCGUACGUGCUUCCACCAGCACCGCCGGCCGCUGAUCCAGGGUCUGCUGAAGGAGUUCAGCUGCAUCGAGGAGGAGGAGUACACGGAGGAGCUCAUCACGCACGGGCUGCCGCUCAUGUUCCAGAUCCUCAGAGCCAGCAAGAACGAAGUAAUCAGCCAGCAGCUUUCUGCAAUCUUCACUCAGUGUUAUGGCCCCUACCCCAUCCCCAAACUGACAGAGAUCAAGAAGAAGCAGAUAUCACGCCUGGAUCCGCACUUCCUGAACAAUAAAGAGAUGUCAGACGUGACCUUUCUGGUGGAGGGGAAGCCUUUCUACGCCCACAAAGUCCUGCUUUUCACAGCCUCUAACAGGUUCAAACUGCUGCUGGCGAACAGGCCGUGCGGCGAAAACACCUGCAUUGAAAUCAGCAACGUCAAAUAUCACAUUUUCCAGUUGGUAAUGCAGUAUCUCUACUGUGGAGGGACAGAAGCUCUGCACAUCAGGAACACCGACGUCAUGGAGCUUCUCUCGGCGGCCAAGUUCUUCCAGUUGGAGGCGCUACAGAGACAUUGCGAAAUCAUUUGCUCCAAGAACAUCAACACGGAAACCUGUGUGGAGAUCUACAACCACGCCAAGUUCCUCGACGCCCAGGACCUGGCGUCCUACAUUGAGGGCUACUUCCUGAAGAACAUGGUGAUGCUCAUCGAGCUGGAGCCGUUCAAGCAGCUGCUGUACGACGCGCCUCCCGACAGCCCGGGCUGCGACAUCCUGCAGAGCCUGGAGAAAGCGCUGGCCGUGCGCAUCCAGUCCAUCCACCUGUCCUCCUCCAAGGGCUCCAUCGUCUGAGGGGAACGGCCCCCGCGGGCACAUCGGCUCGCCAACCGCUAACACGCUUCGUGGUAUCUUAGCGCAGAUGGUCGCGCGUCUGUCUGUCCGCCUUCAUAUGUGUCUACUAUGAAUAAACAUACAAUACCUGUCAUAAGAUAGUUGUAUUAUGCCACAACUUGCCAGUGGCAUACUGUACAUGUCUGUAACAACGUCUCGUCUUCAGGGAUCGGGGGGGUAAGGAAUAACUCGUUUUAUAAGUGUCCUGUAACACACAGGCCUGAACAGAGUCAUUUGUUUGUAUAUUUGUCAGUAACUUAUAAUUAUGUGUGCUGGUUCGUCUGCAAAGCCAAACGCGACAAUGAACCAUGGAGAAUCUUUAAUGUGACUGACGCAGAGAACCGGGUGGGAAAAGCCAAUACUGUGUAAAUAUUGUUCAUAAAGACAAAGCUAUUGAUAAUGUAAGUUAAUGUAUAUAUACACAGAUGUUUUCAUGUGUCUUACUGUUACUGGGUAUUUGCUGUAAAGACAAAAAGCUCAUCUUUUCUUAACUGCGUUUAAAUGUUGCAUGUCAGAGGGAUGACGACUUUUUAUUUUUUCAUCCGGGAAGUUUACUGUACAUUGAGGAGCUACUGCUGUUUUGUGUGGAAAUAGUUAUGUGAUCUGCAUGGGUCAUUAUGAGUAUGUAGCAGUCAAACAGUGUCUGCGUUUCACGUGAGAGGGUCCGGGCGCCGUCCGACUGUGAGACUCGUGUACAGUAUGUGUGACUUGAUUUAACGUUCCUCUAUAAAGAUUAAUUUAAAGAAC